AUGCCUGCGUUCCGCCAACACGAUACCCCUUCUCAAUCACUUGAGGUGAUUACAGACGCCAUCCAACCGCCUACCCUGGCCAUUAUUUCUCCGACGCCGCGCGCCUUCAUUUUCCCUAUUGAUAAAAGCGAAACCUGUCAUUACUCGUCGCCUGCUAAUUCUCCAUUUGAGCCAGAUCUCCGGAAGCUCACGCUCACCCCUUCACACCCCACGCUCGUUCGCACUCUUUCCCCUCUUUCCCCCUCAUCAUCCACUUCACAAGGAUCGACCUCGGUCUUCUCCUCCACAUCAUCAUUCACCUUAUCUUCUGGCCCUGGUUCCCCAUCAUCGCACAAACGCCGCAAGUCGUCGAUAUGCAGCGACAUCGAGCGUAGACCAAGAAAGGGUGACGAGGACUACAUCAAGCGCCCUGAAAAUGCUUUCAUCCUCUUCCGCAGGAAGUGCUGUGAGGAGCGACAACAAGCUCAAGAAGAGGCAGUAUCGGCAGCAUACGCUGAUGCCCCAACAAAGAAGCAGCGUCAAGCAGAUCUGUCAAAAACAAUCAGCCAGCAGUGGAAAGCGCUUUCUGCAGAGGAGCGUCUCUACUGGGAGGAGCAGGCGAAGGAAAAGAAGAAGGAGCACGAGCAGAUGUACCCCAAUUACGUAUAUCGCCCCCAGCGAUCAAAGGAUAAGAAGGGGAAGAAGAGCAAGCGAGGCGAGUUUGAACACGAGACGGAUUGUGAGAGCAGCAUCUCGUUUGUGCUUCCAUUGUCACCCCCGACGGUGACGAAGCAUGGCCGUUCUGCGUCCGCUCCUACUCCCCCACCUGCUCGGCAGACAAUCCAAGUCCCGACCGUUUACAUGCCUUCGUGUCCGACAUCACCGUCACUGAUGCCAAUGAUUAGCCGCCGCUCGUCGCAUCCAGACCAUGGAAUGAAUUCAUCAGCGUCGCAGUUUGAUUUCUUGCCCCAGCAGCAAUUUUCGCACCCUAACGCCUAUAUGUCAAGCGUUGAUGUGAGUACCCGAUUAACGUCUGCGUUCGACUUCAGGCUGACAACCGCUCCCAAGGCCAAUGGAUUCUACCAUGGGAUGUUCGAGAACCCCUCUGCGCCUCAUCCUCUAUCGAUUUCCACCGACAUGUCCAUGCUGCAAGCCAGUCAACAAAUGGUUUCUCCAGUGUCGUCAAUAGCGUCCGCUUCAUCCGGCCCGCAUUCCGGCCCAUAUACGCCCAUAAACUGCAUGCCUCCCGCAUUCUCGUACCAUGAGGAUCUAGCGUCUUGCAUGAAUGAUGGAGACUCGCCCAUGUCUGGAUCGCCUCUGGAUAACGUACACUUCGGGUAUCCCGAGUAUUCUUGGGAAGGACAGGGCGCAUGGGAAAGUCACAGUGACCUUCUUGCUGGAGACGAGUUUGACUUGAGUGCUAUUCCUCCAAUUCAGCUCGGUAUGCCAGGAUGCGGAGGAGAGUUGGCGUCCAUGAGCCAGCACCCGUCGGCAUUUAACAUUGACUUUGCGCCUGGUUCCUUUGACGCAUCGACGAUGGAGGUGCACCAAUAUCCACUCGAGGCGCAAGGGCACGAUACGUUUGAGCAGCUGUUCAACUUUGAAAACAUGCUUGUGGCACCUGCCGGAUUCUGA